AUGUCGUUCUAUUUCCAGCCCCCCGUCUUCGCCGUCCAACCGACAACGUGCGUCCAACCGGUCGUCUGGGCGCCAGCUACCGCAGUCGUACCCGCGUACUACACGACGGUGGUGCAGCCGGUGCCGGCCCCGGCCGUGGUGUACGCGACGCCGCCCGUCAUCCAGGUAUACACCGCACCACCCAUGGUAAGUGCCGCCGCCCUGCCUGAGAGCCAGCGCCCCGGUUUACGCGUCAGAAUUAUCUUCUACGGCCACGGGCCGGGGCGUGAAGCCCCGCGCAGCCUGUGGUGCCGCGCGGCGGACGCGACGUACCCCGGGGUACCGACGGGAUCGCGGCUGAGGGACGACAUUGCCCGUCUGGCGGAGCUUCAGAACCUGGCGCAGGGGUGGCGGCACGCCAGGAUCGUCGUCGCGGCACCGGGGUCGGCGGCACCGGUGAUUGCCGCUGAGCUUGGGCCGGUCCUGAACGACGAAGUGGUGCGCGUCUUGGAGCUGCAGAGGGACGCGGGGGCCGACGAGGAUGCCGCAGACGCGGAGCGGAAGGGUGUUUUGCAGACGAGCCUGGCUGGCGGGCAGGGCGUCUUCUUGACCGUGUGUAUGGACGACGAGCCUGGAGCAGGGCCGAGUGCUCCCUCGAGCUCGAGUGGUGGCCAUGUCGGAGACGGUGACGCCGCGCCGUUGCUCAACGCAGAUGUCUAG